AUGAAGUUGGAAUUUAACAAGCAAACCUGUGAAUGUGAUAUACCAAGCCAGGCAAACUGUUCUCCAACUGCAACGGUACCAACAACUGAUACCACCCCAACAGAAGCAGAUGCCACCCCCACUGUGACAGAAACCAGUCCAACAGAAGCAGAUGCUUCUCCUACUGUGACAGAAACCAGUGCAACAGAAGAAGAUGUCACACCUACAGUCACAGGAACCACUCCAACAGAAGCAGAUGCCACUCCCACCGUGACAGAAAACAAUCCAACAGAAGCAGAUGCCACUCCUACUGUGACAGAAACCAGUCCAACAGAAGCAGAUGCCACUCCCACUGUGACAGAAACCAGUCCAACAGAAGCAGAUGCCACUCCCACUGUGACAGAAACCAGUCCAACAGAAGCAGAUGCCACUCCCACUGUGACAGAAACCAGUCCAACAGAAGCAGAUGCCACUCCCACGGUGACAGAAGCCAGUCCAACAGAAGCAGAUGCCACUCCCACUGUGACAGAAACCAGUCCAACAGAAGCAGAUGCCACUCCUACAGUCACAGAAACUACACCAACAGAAGAAGAUGCCACUCUCACUGUGACAGAAACCAGUCCAACAGAAGCAGAUGCCACUCCCACUGUGACAGAAACCAGUCCAACAGAAGCAGAUGCCACUCCUACUGUGACAGAAACCAGUCCAACAGAAGAAGAUGUUACACCUACAGUUACAGAAACUAGUCCAACAGAAGCGGAUGCCACCCCCACUGUGACAGAAACCAGUCCAACAGAAGCAGAUGCCACUCCUACUGUGACAGAAACCAGUCCAACAGAAGCAGAUGCCACUCCUACUGUGACAGAAACCAGUCCAACAGAAGCAGAUGCCACUCCCACUGUGACAGAAACCAAUCCAACAGAAGCAGAUGCCACCCCCACUGUGACAGAAACCAGUCCCACAGAAGCAGAUGCCACUCCUACUGUUACAGAAACCAGUCCAACAGAAGCAGAUGCCACUCCCACUGUGACAGAAACCAGUCCAACAGAAGCAGAUGCCACCCCCACUGUUACAGAAACCAGUCCAACAGAAGCAGAUGCCACCCCCACUGUUACAGAAACCAGUCCAACAGAAGCAGAUGCCACUCCCACUGUGACAGAAACCAAUCCAACAGAAGCAGAUGCCACCCCCACUGUGACAGAAACCAAUCCAACAGAAGCAGAUGCCACCCCCACUGUGACAGAAACCAAUCCAACAGAAGCAGAUGCCACCCCCACUGUUACAGAAACCAGUCCAACAGAAGCAGAUGCCACUCCCACUGUGACAGAAACCAAUCCAACAGAAGCAGAUGCCACUCCUACUGUGACAGAAACCAGUCCAACAGAAGCAGAUGUCACUCCUACUGUGACAGAAACCAGUCCAACAGAAGCAGAUGCCACUCCCACUGUGACAGAAACCAGUCCAACAGAAGCUGAUGCCACCCCCACUGUGACAGAAACCAAUCCAACAGAAGCAGAUGCCACCCCCACUGUUACAGAAACCAGUUCAACAGAAGCAGAUGCCACCCCCACUGUGACAGAAACCAAUCCAACAGAAGCAGAUGCCACCCCCACUGUGACAGAAACCAAUCCAACAGACGCAGAUGCCUCCCCCACUGUUACAGAAACCAAAACUACACCAAGAGAAGCAGAUGCCACUCCUACAGUCACAGAAACUACACCAACAGAAGAAGAUGUUACACCUACAGUUACAGAAACUAGUCCAACAGAAGCAGAUGCCACCCCCACUGUGACAGAAACCAAUCCAACAGAAGCAGAUGUCACUCCCACUGUGACAGAAACCAGUCCAACAGAAGCAGAUGCCACUCCUACUGUGACAGAAACCAGUCCAACAGAAGCAGAUGCCACCCCCACUGUGACAGAAACCAAUCCAACAGAAGCAGAUGCCACUCCCACUGUGACAGAAACCAGUCCAACAGAAGCAGAUGCCACCCCCACUGUGACAGAAACCAAUCCAACAGAAGCAGAUGCCACCCCCACUGUUACAGAAACCAGUCCAACAGAAGCAGAUGCCACCCCCACUGUGACAGAAACCAAUCCAACAGAAGCAGAUGCCACCCCCACUGUGACAGAAACCAAUCCAACAGAAGCAGAUGCCACCAAUACAGAAGCAGAUGCCACCCCCACUGUGACAGAAACCAAUCCAACAGAAGCAGAUGCCACCCCCACUGUGACAGAAACCAAUCCAACAGAAGCAGAUGCCACCCCCACUGUUACAGAAACCAGUCCAACAGAAGCAGAUGCCACUCCCACUGUGACAGAAACCAAUCCAACAGAAGCAGAUGCCACCCCCACUGUGACAGAAACCAAUCCAACAGAAGCAGAUGCCACCCCCACUGUGACAGAAACCAGUCCAACAGAAGCAGAUGCCACUCCUACAGUCACAGAAACUACACCAACAGAAGAAGAUGUUACACCUACAGUUACAGAAACUAGUCCAACAGAAGCAGAUGCCACCCCCACUGUGACAGAAACCAGUCCAACAGAAGCAGAUGCCACUCCUACUGUGACAGAAACCAGUCCAACAGAAGCAGAUGCCACUCCCACUGUGACAGAAACCAAUCCAACAGAAGCAGAUGCCACUCCUACUGUGACAGAAACCAGUCCAACAGAAGCAGAUGCCACUCCCACUGUGACAGAAACCAAUCCAACAGAAGCAGAUGCCACCCCCACUGUGACAGAAACUAGUCCAACAGAAGCAGAUGCCACUCCCACUGUGACAGAAACCAAUCCAACAGAAGCAGAUGCCACUCCCACUGUAACAGAAACCAGUCCAACAGAAGCAGAUGCUACACCUACAGUUACAGAAACUAGUCCAACAGAAGCAGAUGCCACUCCCACUGUGACAGAAACCAGUCCAACAGAAGCAGAUGCCACUCCUACUGUGACAGAAACCAGUCCAACAGAAGCAGAUGCCACUUCCACUGUGACAGAAACCAGUCCAACAGAAGCAGAUGCCACUCGCACUGUGACAGAAACCAGUCCAACAGAAGCAGAUGCCACUCCCACUGUGACAGAAACCAAUCCAACAGAAGCAGAUGUCACCCCCACUGUAACAGAAACCAGUCCAACAGAAGCAGAUGUUACACCUACAGUUACAAAAACUAGUCCAACAGAAGCAGAUGUCACUCCUACUGUGACAGAAACCAGUCCAACAGAAGCAGAAGCCACUCCUACUGUGACAGAAACCAAUCCAACAGAAGCAGAUGCCACCCCCACUGUGACAGAAACCAGUCCAACAGAAACAGAUGCCACUCCCACUGUGACAGAAACCAAUCCAACAGAAGCAGAUGCCACCCCCACUGUGACAGAAACCAAUCCAACAGAAGCAGAUGCCACCCCCACUCUGACAGAAACUAGUCCAACAGAAGCAGAUGCUUCUCCUACUGAAUCUUUGACAGAAACUGCUACUCAAAGUAGUAUUCAAACUUCCACAGUAACGGAUACAACGACAACGAUAACGAAUCCUUCACCCUCACCAACGUCGUCCUCAAAUCAGUCCAGCACUACGAUUACUUCACAAUCAACUGUGAAACCUCCUCUAGCAGAACAAAUCAUCGUUGCUGUAGCCAAAACCAUCGAAAUUGUGGACAGUUUGUCACAAAUAUUUUACAACUACAUUAUGGAAGAUUAAAUGUUGAAAAGAUA